AUGAGCUUUCCGACCAAGAAGCUCUCGCCGCUCGAUGGGUUACGAAAUAAAUCUGAAAUUCGUGGCCAAAAUUCUGCUCGAAAGUCGGAUAUCUUAGUUUUACGAGAACGAAAUGAUAGCAUAGUGUCAUUUGAAUCCAUCAAGACUACUGAAAGACUGUUGGAUCGCUUGGAAUUGAGUGCAGAUGACGAAAGGCUUCUACAGCAAGCACUCAAAGAAGAAGAAGAAGCUCGAAGACAGGGCUACCGAAACACACGAGAAAAACGCGUAGUUUGUGUACCGGCAUCAAGCUUUCCAUCGCUACGCAAAGCAAGUGGCUCUAGUAACCACAUAAACUUGAACGAUUGCAAGCCUUUCAUGAACAUCAUUAAUGAGCUAUCAGAAAAGGAGAAGAUCAAAUUAUCCCAAAAGAAGGAGGUAGAGCUUCAUUUACCUAAGGCCAGAUACUCCUACCUUGUGGAAGAGGGCAGCGAUGAGGAAGGGAAUGGAGUUUUAGAGAAGGAUUUAUGUUCCGAUGGCCGCGCUGUCAAUUUUGAGAAAUUUCGAAAGCAGAAUCUUACAGGAACCUCAGCGGUAAGACCUCCACUACAGAAGAAGCCAGUAAGCGAAUCGACUAAUAAGAUAUAUCAACAUAAACCAGUUAUGAAAAAUGCAUCCUAUAGUUCUAUGGAGGUCCCCUACGAGAGCACAUCAUCUAUUGAGACUAAAUAUCUCGUCAAGCCCAACACAAUGUCUUCGACUGAGAGCGAUGUUUCCAGAGACAGUGAUUACAAAAACACAAUUGCUGAGAAGUCCCCGAAAUGGAAAUUUUCUUCUCCGCGGAAAUCGACCUCCGCUAGCAGUCUCAGUCAAGAAUCCCGGUCGCCCACUAAACUUUCAACAAACGGUAACGUCAAAGAACAUAAAAAGAAGUCAUCAUUUUCCUUCAAAAACUUAUUCAAAUCUCCCAAAGUUGAGAACUUGAAGCCGGUCAUCACAGAUGUCAAGCCCACUGGGUCAACUGCUCCCACCACCCCUUCUGCCGUUAAAUUCAAGUUUCCACCUUUGCAUUUGGAUGAUAUUGGAACUCAGAAAUUUUAUUCCAACGCGCCAGCCACUGCAUCUUCCGAUAAUGCUCCUGAUCAAUUAAAGGUGAGGGCGACCCAGUCGGAACACACACGGGCUUCCUCUGAUACUAAUGUUUAUUUCAGUCGUAAAGACGAUGUUACAGGAGGCAAAAACAUUAGAUCAGACAUGGCUCGUGCUAAGAAUUCGCAACAGAAGUACGAGCUAACCCGACCUAGAACACACGAAGCUGCGCGACCUUUCUCUCAAGGUAAAGCACUAACUCCUGAAGCCAGGGUACGAGUUGCUAUAGACUUGAGAAAUCAAGGAAGUUUAAAGGAGUCUGCUGAGCAUCUGAAAGUGCUGUGCGAUCUGAAAAACCUUACUGGUUAUCUUCUCUUUGGUCUCGCACUUAGAUACGGAUCUGGCGUCGAUAGAGAUUACCUGGAAUCUUUCAGACAUCUCAAAAUGGCUGCUGAAGUGCAUUCAGAAGAGGCAGAGCUGUUCAAGCCCGACGUUGACCCAUUUAAGCUCGACAAAGUUCCGCAUGUUCCGCCUGAACCUCAGGCGCCAGCGCUGUACGAAUGCGGCAUCUCAUAUCUUAAAGGAUACGGGGUUAAUAAGGUGGACGAGGUAAAGGGUCUCAAAUAUCUCGAGAAGGCCGCAUCUUUGGGCCAUCUCGAUUCUAUGUGCCUCAGCGGUACCAUAUGGUCCAAAAGUUCCAAAAUUCGCAGGAAAAACAAAGCAAGAGCAGCAGCCUGGUUUCGGCUUGCCGAUAGACGAGGUGCCGACCUCAUAGGUGCCGACUGGAUAUACAAAGAUAAAUACCAAAGUCGAAGCGUCGACAGUUUGUAA